AUUUGGCUCUGCUCCUUUUGCUCCCAUGGGUAGACCCGGUAGGGUCUGAUCUGAAGCUUUGCGACUUCAGGACCGAAACUGGUCAGAGAACGAGAAGGGCUGCGCGCUGGAGAGCCUGGAAUCAGCCGUGACCUUCCGGGGCUACCUCUCUAGGAGGGCGGGUGAUUGGCCGGCGUGCGUGUUGACGUAAGCGGUGAUUGGCGCAGCGGCGUGACGGAUUGCCCCUGUGGCCACUCAGCUGCGGAGAGUUGUGGCUUUGCUGGUCCGCGGCGGUCUGUGGCUCUCUCGCCCUCUAGUAUGGCUGGGGCCGGUUAACUGGGCUGCGGUCGCGAAGAGAAGGCAGGCUUCCCGUGCUUUCGCUGUCAUCCUCUCAACGAUGGAGCUUCUGUCACGGUUCUGCAAUUUGCCGAUUCGCAGGAACUCGGGCUAUUUAUCUCAUUCUCAGCGUACACUACCGUGCCUGCACAAGUGUAGGCUCGCGGCUCUCUCAACCAGCUCCACGCCAGCGGUGAAGCCGAAAACAGAGCCUGUGGAAAAUGAAGCUGUUGCCCCAGAGUUCACCAACCGAAACCCUCGGAAUCUGGAGCUGUUAGGUGUAGCCAGGAAAGAGCGGGGUUGGGGGACCGUGUGGCCGUCCCGAGAAUUCUGGCACAGGUUGCGAGUUAUAAGGACCCAGCAUCACGUGGAAGCCCUUGUGGAGCACUGGAAUGGCCGGGUUGUGGUGUCAGCAUCCACUCGUGAGUGGGCUAUCAGAAAGCACCUUUAUAGUACCAGAAACAUGGUAGCUUGUGAGAGUAUAGGACGAGUGCUGGCACAGCGAUGCUUAGAAGCAGGAAUCAACUUCAUGGUCUUCCAGCCAACGCCUUGGGAAGCAGCAGCAGACUCGAUAAAGCGUCUACAAAGUGCCAUGACGGAGGGUGGUGUGGUGCUUCAGGAACCUCGGAGAAUCUAUGAAUGAAAUGGAGGUAUUAA